GUCGACUUCAUAACGUAUCUAACAGUUCAAAAUUCAGUGCAACUGCCAUGCAAAGCAACUGUUCUUCAUGUUCAAGCGCUUAGUUUGAGAACAUUGUGUAUUCAUUUGUGACCAAUUUUUAGACUUUUGCUUCAUUUUUAUCAUUUUAUUGACUUGAACUUAUAUUUAAAGUUAAUUUAUAAUGACGUCUAUCAAGGAAGAUGAAAAGAAAGAAAUACCCGAAAUAAUUCAAGAUCCUCAAACAAAGAGCACAUAUCACAGAUUGCGGUUUUUCGGAAAGGGGGGCUUUGCAAAAUGCUACGAAAUCCAAGACAUCGCCACCAACCAGGUGUACGCAGGGAAAAUUGUUUCAAAAAAGCUUAUGGUAAAGUCGAGCCAAAGGGAAAAAAUGACUCAGGAAAUCUCUAUCCACCGCUCACUGCAACACAAACAUGUGGUGGGCUUCCACAGCUUCUUCGAGGACUCACUCAACAUUUACAUUGUACUAGAGCUCUGCAAGAGAAGGUCCAUGAUGGAAUUACAUAAGCGUAGAAAAGCCAUCACAGAGCCAGAAACAAGGUUCUACAUGCGUCAGAUAUUACUCGGUGUGCAGUAUCUACACAGCCGGAGGAUUAUACACAGAGAUCUUAAGUUAGGAAAUCUUUUCCUUGAUGAUGACCUGUGUGUUAAAAUUGGAGAUUUUGGACUAGCAGCUAAAAUUGAAUAUGAAGGAGAGAGGAAACAGACUUUAUGCGGCACACCAAACUACAUAGCUCCUGAGAUAUUGACAAAGAAGGGGCACUCCUUCGAAGUGGACAUUUGGAGUUUGGGCUGCAUCAUGUACACCCUGCUUGUAGGGAAGCCACCCUUUGAGACAUCAACUCUUAGAGAUACAUACAAAAGAAUCAAGCAAUGUGAAUACAGGGUACCAACAACGCUGAGGAAGCCGGCGACGUCAAUGAUCGUGCUGCAGCUCCAGGCCAACCCGGCGCUGCGGCCUUCGGUGGACAAGCUGCUGCGGCAUGAGUUCUUCUCGUCGGGUAUCCUGCCAGCCGCGCUGCCGCUCUCCUGCCUCACCACCGCGCCCCGUACCGACCAGCUCGAGGGCAUGACGCAGCGACGCCCGCUUAACGAAGUCAACAAUAUUAACAAUGUUGGCAUGGCGGCGAGCAUACCGGCGCAGGUGAAGGCGGAGCCGCGCGCAAACGAGUCCAGCUCGCACCGGCAGAAUCUUGUCUCCCUGCGCGACCAGCUCGCCGCGCUGCUGCAGUCCAACCUGAAAUGCCGACCGGAGUGCCUGACGGAGGGUCUGAGCGACCCUGCAGCUCAGCCGCUGGUGUGGGUGGGCAAGUGGGUGGACUACAGCGACAAGUACGGCUUCGGCUACCAGCUGUGCGACGAGAGCGUCGGUGUCAUGUUCAACGAUACCACCAAACUCAUCAUGCUCGCCAACGGAGUGAAUGUUCACUACAUUGAUCGGCAUAGCUCUGAAAAAUAUAUGACAAUGACUGACUACCCACCGGAGCUGGACAAGAAAAUGAAACUCCUUUCAUAUUUCCGUAGAUACAUGACUGAGCACCUUAUGAAAGCCGGAGCGUCAGUACAAGUGCGCGAGAGCGACGGUCUGUCGCGACUGCCGCACCUGCACCAAUGGUACCGCACCACGCUCGCCGUCAUCAUGUACCUCACCAAUGGAACGCUGCAGAUCAACUUCCAAGAUCACACAAAGAUAAUAUUGUGCCCGCUCAUGCAGGCAGUCACGUACAUUGACGUGGAGAAGAACUUCCGCACGUUCAGAUUCAGCACCAUAGAGGAGCACGGCUGCGACAAGAAACUGUAUAUGAACCUCACAUACGCUUUAGAGAAAAUCAACAGCGUACUUUCCACGAAACUCUGGUAGCGAUUGCUUAGACUUUAAUGAUUCUUAUAUUAAUCAGGAUCUUGUUACUCGUAACUUCACCGGUUUGGUAUAAGGUCCCUAGUAUUAGUGCCUUUUUAUGACAAUUUGCUGAAAAUGAAAUGUCUAAAUGUACAAAUUUAAUGUUACUCUGUCUUAGUUUAGUCGGCUGCCGGCCAAUGGACACAUUUUGUCACUAGGGACUCUCAUAGUUUUGAAGAGUGACCAGGCAAUCGUAAAGCUGAAAACAAAUCAGCGACAUUUUCCUUUAAAUUGCCUGCACUUACUAUGGAUUUCCAUUGUUGAAACACUUGUAUAAAAACCUACCCACAGUCGAAUCUGGAUAAGUGAGAAACAUCUAUAUGUGAGAGUUAUUGUCCGGUCCCGACGGAAGGACUCCAUAAGCGAGAUACUCGGGUUAGAGAGAAACCUCUAUUAGCGAGAAACAGAUGGCGAUCCCUUGGACUCUCAUUUAUCCAAUUUCGAUUAUAAAAAAGUGUUUAAGCAUUUGAAUUUCACAAUAAAAAUGACAAUUUGCGGGAUAUGUGUGUUUCUUAAAUUGAUAUAUGAGUGUGUUUGAUGUUCAAUAACGAUGGUACAGGUAAAUUUAUAAAUAUAUACGAAAUUCGUUAUUUUUCAUAUCUGCUACCAGAAUAUAAUAAUGUGGCUCAGAUUGUUAAAUAACAGCUGUGCUGUAUAGUAAAAUUUCGUAUGUACAAAAUAUCUACAUUUGCAUGUAAACGAAAUAAUUUUAAGUGUUUAUUAAAAUUAUAAAACUUGUGUAAUUAAAAUUAAUUAAAGUUAAUUUCAGCCUGUUUAAGCACAAUAUUAAGGAACAAGUUUUGGCAAAAUAUUACAACUUUCAAAUUAAUAAAACGCGUAAUAUUUAUUGUAAAAUAUCUAGUUAAUCUAAAA